UGCCAGAAAGAGUCGGACAAAAUACGCUGUCCGCCAGCAUGUCAACGAGACAGAAGACCGUUAAGAAGCCCAAGGCGGCGAAAGAGGUGGAAAAACAAUCAAGACAGCUCCCAACAUCCACCAUCCUCAAAAAUGUCGGACGAGCCGCUGCCUUGCUACUUAUCGCUGGCAUGGCCUCUCCGGUUUCCCAGUUGAACCUGUCGCCGGUAUACGGCUCCAUUCCCUCCUCCCUACACCACCAGAGGAGCAUGACCUUCACAGCCAUCGCGGCUCUGAUCGCCCGGAACUCCCUGAAGAAAUACCUCCCAGACUCCCUAUCUGAGUACAUUGCCGUAAUAGCCUACUGGACGCCCGUAAUCCAAUUCCUCCUCUUCCCCUACAGCAGCCAGCUCGGCAUCGAGUACGGUCCGCUCAUCGUCGAGUGCGCGACCUACUUUCCCCUGCUCUUCCUGUCCGUCUACGCCGCCUUCGACCUCCUCGACUGCAUCGACCUCAGCACCCUCAACCUCCCCAACACCGCCAAGCAAAUCCUCCUCCCAAUGGCGUCCUACUUCACCGUGUCCACAACCGCCAAAGUCGCCGGCGCAACGCUCCCCUCCUGGAUCGGAACACACCUCUACUUCACUCGCAUAGGCUUCCAAAUGCUGCUCGCCAGCGCCUCGGCGUUCCUCACACCCUCCCGCAUCAUCCUCGCCGCCUUCCCCGCCAUCUUGCACACCCUCUACGCAAACCCACACUUCCCCUCCGACACCGCAUUGAGCCGCGCAAACACCACCCUCGCGACAUCCCAUAACUUCACCCUCCUCGCCCGGCACGAGUCGAACACUGGAUACGUCUCCGUCCUCGAGUCCCACACCGACACCGCUUUCCGCCUACUCCGCUGCGACCACUCGCUCCUCGGCGGCGAGUGGCUCGUCACCCCCGACGCGUACGCAAAGGGCCAGCGCCAGCGCGAAACCAUCUUCUCCGUGUUUGUGCUGCUUGAAGCAGUACGCCUGGUUGAGACGCCGUCCUCCGCUGUCGCAGAUUCAGAGAAGUCUGCGUUGGUGAUUGGAUUGGGCAUUGGCACAGCGCCCAACGCCCUCAUCGCGCACGGCAUCAACACCACCAUCGUCGAGCUCGACCCGGUCGUCCACGCCUACGCGACCAAGUACUUCUCUCUAUCCCCCAAGCACACCGCCGUCAUCGACGACGCCGUAUCAUACGUCUCGCGCACAUCCCUCUCCCACCCCUCCACAUUCUCUUACAUCAUCCACGACGUCUUCACCGGCGGCGCCGAGCCCGUCGCCCUCUUCACCAAAGAGUUCUUGACAGGCCUGUACAACCUUCUCACGGACAAUGGAGUGGUGGCGAUAAACUACGCCGGCGACCUCGCCCUCGGCUCCACCCAACUUGUCCUCAACACCAUCCACGCCGUCUUCCCCGCCUGCCGUCUUUUCCGGGACCAGCCACCCUCCCCGUCUCACCAACCCGGCGACCCAGAUUUCAUCAACAUGGUCGUCUUCUGCGUGAAGUCAGACCCUAGCCACCUCGGCAAAGCCGCAAUAACAUUCCGCACCGCAGGCGAAAAGGACCUGCUUGGCAGUCUGGCGCGCAGGAACUAUUUGCAGCCAAGGGACGAGCUGGAGAUACAGUAUACGUAUGUGCCCGAGGGCCAAGGGGGACGGACCAUGGGGCGCGCGGAUGUGGGCGAGCUCGAGAAAUACCACGAGGAGGGCGCAGUUAGCCAUUGGCGGAUUAUGCGGACCGUGUUGCCCGACGGGGUGUGGGAGAUGUGGUAGGUGAGCGGAGAGGUUUUGGGAAGGAUGGAAUCACGAAGGCGCGCAAUCGAGAGACAACCGCGCGUGAAAGCUUGCUCUCAUGGCAAACACACACCGUGUUUCUAGAUAGAACUCACUUACAGUCUUGCA